UACAAUUUAUUGUGAUGAAAGAGAAAAAUUUUCCAAGGCCCACUGAAAUAAGCGAUGUGAUAUAGCUGAUAAACAGUCUGCUGACAGUUUAAUGUCUGCAAAAUGUGUGACAAGAAAAACAAGGAUUUCACAACAAACAAGACUUUUUUAGAUAAUUAAUUGGUUCAAAAUGGAGUUGAACGGAAUGGGCAUGGGUAUAGGGGUUGGUGUUGCCGUUGGUUCAUCACCACCCCCCACAGCAGCAAGUACAGCCAAUCCUAAGAAAAAAAGACGCACAAAUGCCAACACAGCUCAAGCAGCACAACGAACACCUGCCAUGCAAGACUUUGUACCUCCACCUCUUUCUGGAUUCGGAGACACAGUGGUUGCCAGCAAUCCCUUUGACGACACUCCUCAGCCUGGUUUGAAUUCAACCAUGUAUAACGGACCACAACAGAUGCACUCACAUCAUCCUCAUCACAUGGGUAAUCCACAAAUGCGUGGAAUGAACCCCAUGUCAGGUGGAAACAUGAAUCCCAUGAUGCCUCAUAUGGGCAAUGUCAAUCCAAUGAACAAUGCAUCAAUGAGCAAUCACAUGAGCCAUAUGGGAAACAUGCCCAAUGCCAAUCAUGCAAUGAAUCCUAAUAUGAAUCCCAUGAGUAAUAUGAGGCCAAAUAUUUCUCAAGUUUCGAUGGGAUCCAUGAACAAUCACAUGAACAUGAAUCACAUGAUGAAUUCUCAAAUGAGCGGUCCUCCGAUGAAUAGUCCCAUCAACGGGAUGAGCCACAACUUGGGAAGUCCGAUGGGUGGUCCAAUAGGAUCGCCUAUAAACAACAUGAGUCCAAACCACAUGGCCAAUAGUGGUUUGAACAUUCCAGCAAUGAACGCGGCUAAUACAGCUCUUCCACAUAACGCACCACAACCUCAUCCCAAUCACAUGAAUCCAAUACGCACUGGUGGCUUAAACAGACCUCACAACAUGCCUCUCGCCAAUAUGAAUUCAGGAGUACCUAACGCCAUGCUAGGCAACGAUCAAAUGAACAAUUUGAACAUGAUGAGGUCACAAAUAACGAACAUGCCCAAUGUCAACAUGAAUCAGCGUAAUCAAAUGGGACACAUGGGCAAUCCAAUGGGAAAUAAUAUGACGAACAAUAUGGGCGUCAAGUCACCUAGUCAUGGAAUGAACAUGGGCAGUACGAUGCCUCAGCACGGAUUGCAAGGGCCUGCACUAGGACCCAAGCCUAUACCAGAAUCCACAGGAAAAGUGUAUCCCCCUGACCAACCCAUGAUAUUCAACCAACAAAAUCCAAACGCUCCUCCGAUCUCGCCAUGUGGAAUCUGCCAUAAAGAAUGCCAUGCAAACGACCAAGCGAUAAUUUGCGAGUCUGGCUGUAAUUUUUGGUAUCAUCGGCGAUGCGUGGGCCUAACAGAACAGGCCUACAAUUUGCUGAUGAAAGAAUAUUGUGCCGAAUGGGCAUGCGACAGGUGCUUACAGUCAAAAAAUAUAUCACUAGUUAAGUUCAAACCUUAAAAUGCAAUGCUCAAGGAAUCGUCGAUAAAAGUAUGUUCUAUAUGCACGAGUAGUUUUUUUAAUUGUCUAUAUUUUUAUCAAAUCAUGGACGAACCGUUGUAGCAACAUACGUUUUUAUGUCAUUUCAAAAGGCAAGUUGAUACAUUUGUCAACAAUCCAUCUUUACAAUAAGUGGGUUGGUACAAUUCAUUAUUUUAAGAAUAAUCAUUUUGUGUAUCCAUCAGAGAACAACAAUAACAACCGAACCGUUUUUAUUUCUGUAGAAAUAAUUUUUUAAUUUCUAGUUCGAACGGAGUAUUAUUAAAUUAUUCACAAAAUAUUUGUAUAUAAUUCAAGAUCAAAAGUAAUUCAACAAGUGUGAGAUUGACAGAUUCGGUUUUAUUAUGUCAAUCAAUCGAAUUUUUAAUACUAUAAGGAAUAUUUUAAUUUUAUGUGUAAACCUAGAUAUAGCAAUAUGAAAAACUUUUUUUUUUUUAUUGCCAUUUUAUUAAAAAAAUCAACCAUAUACUAUUAUACCUCUAA